AGUUGUAAUCAUAUCUGUAAUGUAUGUGAGGCCUUUGAGACAUCAUACUAAAUAUGUUGACUUGCUGGUCAAGGGAAAUGCAAGUUUUACUUCUUUGAGUUGCUGAUUCAGAGACGCUAAGCCUUGUGGGAUAUUAAUGAAUGUGAACUCAGCAACCGUAAUUCCAGAACAGUCCCACUGUUGUAAUAGUGUGAUGUGUAUCUUCUGACAGACUCUAUGCUGAGUAAAGUCAUGUUUUUAUCCUAAAACGCUGUUCUACCAGAACCAAAGUGUGGAUGCAGUCACUAUUUAGAGCAGUCUAAUCUCAUUAACCCAGAACUAUAGACUUGUGUGAUUAAGUUCUGGGUCCAUACGUGUUUGAAACUACAGGAGGUGAGUCACAUGUUAUUUGUUACAGCAGUUUCCAUGGAAACAUACAGAGGAGUUUAUGCAAAUCAACCCUUUCUGUCUUGACAUCUGAAGGAGGAGUCUCUGAAAACCUAUUUAAAUCAGUCUGUCCUGACUCAGCUCAACAGUCUCCAGUCUACCAACUGGUCUCUGAAAACCUAUUUAAAGCAGUCUGUCCUGACUCAGCUCAGCAGUCUCCAGUCUACCAACUGGUCUCUGUUAUAACUAUUUAAAUCAGUCUGUCCUGACUCAGAUCAGCAGUCUCUCCAGUCUACCAACUGGUCUCUGUAACUUCAUCUUUGUCUCUGUGGUGUACAGUCUUCAGGUGAUGAUGGGGGUAUUGAAUCAUCUCUCUACUCUCCUCCUUCUCUCUCUCCUUCCUCCUGCUCUCUCUCGUGUAGGGGAUAAGUUAAGUGAUGUUCCAGAGUGCACAGAGUUCUUCCUGGAGGGGAAAACUCCAAAUCUCCCAGGUAUUUUGGAUGGUGGGACAGUCCAGAACCAGAGCCGCUACAAGCUGAUUUGCCAGAAGUUCAACAAGACCUACAGCUUUGCAACUCUCUACGACAUGACCAACAGGAUCCCUGUGUUCUCAGCCUACACCUUCACUGGUCCUCCUACAGACCCCACUGGUGAUACAACGUGUACGGGAUCAAAUCAAAUGAAAACCAAACUAGUUGGAACAAAACAGUAUAGACCAAAUCAAAUCAAAACCAAACUAGUUGGAAGAAAACAGUAUAGACCAAAUCAAAUCAAAACCAAACUAGUUGGAACAAAACAGUAUAGACCAAAUCAAAUCAAAACCAAACUAGUUAGAACAAAACAGUAUAGACCAAAUCAACGCUGGAUGAUCGAGCCCCAGCUUGAAGAUAUAGAUAUAAAAGAGAUGAAAACCCAACAUAAGUUGAAGGUGCUUAAUAAUAAUAAAGAUAUAAGAGUCGACCAUCAGGCUGUGGACACAGACUACAAUGCAACAAUAAAGGGCAUGAUUUUGGAGAGGGGUCACCUUUUCCCAUGUUCGUAUGCACCUGAUAAUGAUACCAAGAGGUCCACUUUCACCCUGACAAACAUCGUUCCCCAGGAAAGAGGCUUCAACCGAGGCAGAUGGAUGCAAAUGGAGUGCAACGUCAGAAAAGCUCUUGUGAGUAACUGUAAGGAUAACAACAACAAGAUAGAAGCCUAUGUGGUGACUGGAGCAGUUCCCAACAACAACAACAACACACUGAACAACAGAGUGAACAUCCCAGAUAUCAUGUGGACAGCCUUCUGCUGUGAAACCAGUGAGAAGGACAAGUGGAUGGCCGGAGCACACUGGGGGGAGAACAAAAAGAAGGAACUGAACACAGAAGUAUUGGGCCCCCAUCCCUUGACUGAUCUGUAUGUAAUGUUGAACGACCGUUACCGUGUUGAUGGUGUCCAGGUGUUCCCAGAGAAGUGUUCAAAUGGUGAAAUUCCGACAGAGCUUCGUAAAGACAAAAACAAAAAAUUCUGUGUCUCUCAAAAAACAAAAACAAACUUGAAACGGAAUAAACCUGAUGAUGACGGUGGUGGUGUCCUGCUGUUCCCAGACCUAAAUAAGCGUCUAACUGUUGAUACUCCAAGAGCGCUUCCCCUCAAGGAUGGGGGGGAUGAACAUGAUCAUUGUGUCUAUGAUGAUGACUGUGUCUGUUCCUCUGUUGGGGUCAAAGGUUAUUACCUACCUGUUGUAUUUGUUUCUGUGCUGGUGAUGAUGAUGUAGUAGUGCUUUAGUAGACUACUGUACUACCCUGUUUAAUGUAGACUACUGAACUACCCUGUUUAAUGUAGACUACUGAACUACCCUGUUUAAUGUAGACUACUGUACUGCCCUGUUUAAUGUAGACUACUGUACUACCCUGUUUAAUGUAGACUACUGUACUACCCUGUUUAAUGUAGACUACUGAACUACCCUGUUUAAUGUAGACUACUGAACUACCCUGUUUAAUGUAGACUACUGACCUACCCUGUUUAGUGUAGACUACUGACCUGCUUUAGUAGACUAUUAUUCUUAAAGAUAUAACCCAGUAGCUGAUUUGGUUUUGAGUGUUGAGAUUAGAUUUGACCUGAUCUGAAAUUCAAUCUGUGAUCGACAUCAUACAUGAUAAUUCAAUAACAUAUAUCAUGUUAAUCUCAGGAUCAACUUCAUACAAAAUGUAUUUUGAAACAAAUCUGUAAAAUAAUUACUGCUUAGCCUAGACUCACUUUGCAUGUGAUUACAAUGUUAUUUUAGAAUGUAUAUUUCAUCCUUCUUAUUAAAAAUAAGUAAAUAAUA